UCGGGAGCGCGUAAAGCGCGUGUGCGUGUUACCUGGGAUUCCGAUGAGAGGAUGAAAUUAAAUCUAAAAUAAGAACCACCCAAAAAAAGGUACAGGUAGAAGCCGCGAGAAGAGUGUUUCACCACUCGAGAACAAGGAUGGACAUUUUAGAUUGAAGCGAGUUUCCAUCCUCUGCUGAAGAAAUCAGCUAAACUUGCCAUAUUUUUUUUUUGGCUUUCAUCUCCACAGGCAGGCUUACAGAGUGAUGGCAAUGCCAUUUGUCCCCGUUCCUGUGCCUAUCGAUAGUGCCUCGCCAGGUUCAAACCGAAGACGAAGCCAAAGAAGUUCUUCAUUUGGGAGCAUUUCCAGUAGCUCUUGUUCGUCAAAAGGCCAAGCUGAAGACCUCAGUGCAGACCACCAUAAGAAAAUGUGUGUUUCUGACCAGUGUGGCUCUUCUGUGCAGCAAUGCAAGAGUCCUUUAAUUAGAACUAAAAUGAAUGGAGUAGACGCCUCUGUGGAGUACUCCAGCUGUCCUAGUAGACAGAUUAGUGAAUCGGCCAGCUGGGACGAGAGACCAUCAACACCCACUGUGCUAGGCUAUGAAGUCAUGGAGGAGAGAGCCAAGUUCACUGUUUACAAAAUCCUUGUACGAAAGUCCCCAGAGGAGAGCUGGAUUGUCUUUCGAAGAUAUACAGACUUCUCACGGUUAAAUGAUAAGCUCAAGGAGAUGUUUCCUGGUUUUCGCCUUGCACUUCCCCCAAAGCGCUGGUUCAAGGACAAUUAUAAUCCAGAUUUCCUGGAAGACAGGCAGCUAGGGUUACAGGCAUUCCUACAGAACCUGGUAGCGCAUAAAGACAUUGCAAACUGCAUUGCUGUGCGAGAAUUUUUAUGCUUGGAUGACCCCCCAGGGCCAUUUGACAGUUUGGAAGAAAGCCGGGCCUUUUGUGAGACUCUCGAAGAGACAAACUACAGACUCCAAAAAGAGGUCAUUGAGAAGCAGAAAGAAAUCGAAUCCCUCAAAAAAAUCCUGGAAGAAAAACAGCUGUACAUUGACGUUUUGGAGAAUAGAAUCAAAGAAGAUCCGGUUACGGAAGAAAAUACCCGCAGGCCAUCUGGUGAAGAGAGUGAGUGCAGUGGGGACGUGGAGUCUUCAGUGGCAGAGGCAGAUCAAGAAAUGCAAGUCGAGAACGGGCUUGAAUCAGCUGUUACUGAGCAAAAUUUUGCAGCUUGCUGGUGCGGCCCAAGUCUUGGAAGUUCUCCACCGGUGAUUGAAGUCGGCCAAAUCGUGGAACCCACAGAGCAGAAGUAACGCACCUUUAGAAGAACUACAGGCGGAUUGAACCCGGAGCGGAACGUAACUCGGGGAAUUUAUAUCCCAGACAACAUGCAAUUACAAAUGACAUUUGUUGACUCACUUAGCUGCUGUGGCUCCCUAAUCUUCUAGCUCGAUAUAGCACAGCAGCGGCAGGUAACGUACAGGCAUGUGCUUCCCGUUUGACUGGUUUAAACAGUUUUGCCGUAACAAUAAUGGUGACAGUUAACGUCUGUAACCUUCUACUUGCUUUUAUAAACGAUCAUUUUCACAAAACGAAAGCUUCUGCUAGUCUGUAAAUCAUAUAAAACAUUUGCACUACAUGCUCCUCAGAAGUUUUGCAGAGACGAUUUUUCACUUCAUUAUUUUAAUAGGAUAGCAGUUUUGGUUUUCUUCACUACGUGCGAAAAAGUCCUUCACUGUGAUUCUACUGCACGUCUUGCACUACACAAUCAACAGAAUACUCAGAUACUUGUUUGCUUUACCAAAUACAAAGUGUACCUUAAAUGCUCUCGCCGCCAAUUAGGGUAUUUGUAUUUUUUUUUUAAUUUGUUUACACGUAGACCACCACGCAGGACGUUUUAACUCGAUCGAAGAUUGCUUGGAAUAAAUAUUAACUUUCUGCAGUUGCGAAAUAAAUUUCUUUAUAUCUAUGCAUUUUUCUAAAAGUUAAAAAUGCUGGUGUAACAUUUAUGGAUUGUUUGCUAUUUAAAAUCCUGCCACCAUUCUGACAACAUUGUGUCGCUUAUUAGACUUUCGAUUUACGAUAACAAAGUUAAGACGAAGUAACAACGAUGGAUGACAAAACUUUUAAAUGUGUACAAAAUAUUAAACAGGUCCUAUUAUAAGAGGAAAGAAAAAUUAUUUGCCGCCAUCGAUUACAAAAAUAAGGAAAUGACCGCAACUGACCAAACGUGAAAUUUUUGCAUCUUUUUUUCAGCUUAUUUGCAUCUGCCGUUCUGCAAACAACACUGUCUUAUCGUAAAAAGCCAUAUUCAUUGUGAUGGUGCAAUAUCAGGCCGAGUACA